GCCAGUGAUGUUUAUUAGAGAAAUUAAAAUUCAGGCCUACUAAUUAUAUAAAACAAAUACAAUAUUUGUAAUUUGGGCCAUUAUCAAUGCUAUCUACCCAUACUUCUGGAUUCAUUGCGUUAUCAUUUUUACAUGGGGCUUUUAACAUUGCAUUAAUUAAUGAUAGUCACAUGGCUCGUACAUUUUUUUACUUUAGCCGAAUUUACUUAGUUAAAUAGACAAAUUAUCAUUGCCUGGCUAGCUAAAUUAAACGACUAAUCAAAAGUAAUGCAAGUUGCUUUGAAACUAAUAAAACAAUGUCAGCGUUCAUGUAGGGUAGUUUGUGGUUGAACCCACAACACAUUCGCGUUGGGCUGCACUGUUGACAGCCUCGACUAUGCACAGACUGUAAUUUCUAUAAUGCUAAACGUAUUGAUAAUGGGUCGUGUAAUACAAUCUUUAUUAAAAGGUGCAGUAGUUACAAUAGUUAGUAUAUUGAUUAAUUAAGCUACUAACAGGGAAAGUGCAGAUAUUGGCAAGAUGGCAUCCUGUUCACACAAAUCAGAUGCUUUGAAUAAAGUUUUCCGGGAUUGAAACAGACGGCAGCUGGUAUCUGUCACAACAAUGUCGGGGAGAAAACGCGCUAGCACCUGAAGACAGAACUGUACCGUUAUAUAUCCCCGAGGACCCUAGCUAAAACGAAACGGACCAGUUCAUCUGAUUGUGUAUGUGACAACGCGAUUUCAAGAUGGAUACGGCUGCAUUUUCCGAGGAUGUAGACAAAAAGGUUUUCAUCGUUGGAUCAGAGCUCGUGGAAAAUUACACUGUGUACAUCAUUGAGGUGACUGUUGGGAAUCACAAAUGGACCAUUAAACACCGGUACAGUGAUUUCCAUGACUUGCACGAAAGACUCACAGCUGAAAAGAAGAUAGAUAAACCCUUACUACCACCUAAGAAGAUAAUUGGUAAAAAUUCUAAAAGUAUUGUAGAGAAACGUCAGAAGGAACUUGAAGUAUACCUGCAAACACUGCUGGUCACGUUUCCUGUGGCUGCCCCCAAAGUAUUGUCUUGCUUUUUGCAUUUCCACCAAUAUGAAAUCAGUGGAAUCACAGCUGCUUUAGCAGAAGAGCUGUUCCAUAAAGGAGAGGUGUUGCUGCUGGCAGGAGAGGUGUUCACGCUGCGCCCCCUCCAGCUGUACGCCAUCACCCAGCAGCUUAAGCUGGCGAAGCCCACAUGCUCUAGUGGAGAUGCCAAGGCAGACAUGGGUCACAUCCUGGACUUUACCUGCAGACUCAAAUACCUCAAGAUCUCAGGAACUAGAGGAGUGGUGGGAACCAGUAACAUCCAAGAGGACGGCCUAACAUUUGACCUUUCUAUCUUCAAAGCUCUUCUACAGAUAGAGAUAAAUGACUGCAAUUCCUCCCAGAUCAUUGGACUGCCUACUCUGAAACCCUGUCUGGCCACACUGAAUGUCCACCGUUCUGUGUCUUCCAUGAUGGACCUGCUGGUCCCAGAGGCCAGUGAGUUUCCCCUCUGGGUAGCGGAGGGUGUGUCUACAGACUGUCCUGUCACCACCGUCAUUCCUACCUGGAAGACCCUCACCACCCUGGACAUGAGCCACAAUCACAUACGUUGCAUAGACCAUUCGGUGAAACUGAUACCAGAAGUUGAAUUCUUAGAUCUCAGUUACAACCAGCUGUCAGUGGUGGAUCACCUCCAGCACCUGUACAACCUCGUCCACCUGGACCUGUCCUACAACAGACUAACAGGAUUAGAGGGGGUCCACACCAGACUAGGCAACAUCAAGACACUCAACCUGGCUGGCAACCAAAUGGACAGCCUGGCCGGCCUCUCCAAACUCUACUCUCUAGUCAACCUGGACCUCAGCUCCAACCGACUAGGACAGCUGGAGGAGGUCCGGUACAUCGGACCCCUGCCCUGCCUGGAGAGGCUGAGUCUGGCUGACAAUCCCCUGUGCAUCGUCCCGGACUACAGAACCAAGGUGCUGGCUCAGUUCUGGGACCGGGCCUCAGAGGUGUGUUUGGACAGCUCCGCCCCGACGGAGAAGGAGCUGGACACGGUGGAGGUGUUAAAAGCCAUUCAGAAAGCCAAAGAAGCCAAAGGCCGAAUGUCCAACAAUAAUGACAAGAAGAUCAGUGAGGCCCCCAGAGGGUCCGUUGGUGGAUCCCACAGGCCGUCCUCCUCUUCAGGCUCUGUCACUGCUGCCUCUUCCUCUUUCAUCUCCACUGCCUCCGCCUCUGCCUCAGCCUCCGCCUCAGCUUGCUCCAGCCAAGGUAAUCAUAUGUAAUUUGUAGAGAUGAUGAGUUGGUUCCCCCACAAAUAUUGACCCCUGUGGAUUUUGCACUUGAUACCCCUGGAUGCUAC